UUUAUCCACUGCCUUCAUGAGAUCGCGAUGCAAGUGGCAACGAAGACGAAGGGGAACAGCAGCAUCUGCAAGUGCGUUGUUUUUGUCCCGAGUUUUACCAGAGGGAAAGUGUAGGUAUUGGCUGGGCGGACUGGGAGUGUGGACCUGCACGUGACCAAGUCCCACGCGCACACACGUACACACAUACACAAACGCACACUCUGGGUCUCUACACAUACAGACACGCGCGCACGCCCAUUGCUGCUUCAGUCGCUUUCCACACGGCUUCGUGGAAACAUGGGGAGACUUUACCUCUUACAGUGUUAACCUGUUGUGGUUUCAAUAGUAAGAGCAAGUGAAUCCUCACAAGAAAACAUAUUUAAGGACAGUGAAAUGUGUGAUUAUCUUCGGUUUAGUUUUUACUUUGGAUAAGCAACCAGUGUACGUAAACUUUAAAACAUUCAGUUGCAUUAAUGCUUUUCCAGUGAAAAGUGAAUGGAAAGGAUUAAUUGUAAAAUUAGGGAAUUUCAUGAUCGGAUCAACAUUAUACAUAUCAUUGCCUUAGGAUUGAAAAGGAUCUAACGAAACUAUUCCAGUUUCAAAACGUGAUCAAUGGAGUAUAUAACAAUAGCGUUUUACUGAAAGAAAAAUAAUAAGCCACACAGUUUGGGCAAACCAGUCCCGUGUUGGUGAAUUGCAUAUAGAAGCGUGUCGCGCGACUAAAAACAGCCACCGCUAGCGUGUGCCAAGGAACCAAACCUCGGCCUCGAUGUCCUUGUGACGUGCUCUGUUUGCGAAGUGCACUGGUUUACUUUCAGCAAAAAAAAACAAAACAAAAAAAAAAAGUAAUACAAAUUAAAGACCGUGGAUGCUGUGUAAAGUGUGAUUAAGUAGGAGUGAUUACCGAUCUGAGGCCGCUGCCUAGUUGAGGCAUGUUAGUGUAGUCGCCCGAGUGGUGUUUGGAUGUUUCCGUGUGACGGCUUGACCUCCAGUGGCGGGCAGCGGUUAUCGCUCCCUCCCCGGGCGAGUCUCGGCGCCUUCACUCCCCCCAAGCACUUCGCCCAUCGUCAACUAUCUCCUCUUUGGGAUCAAGGCUAAACGAACGUCGAACUGAGGACAACGGCCGCCACCCUCUCUCGCGCCCCCCCCUGGUGAUGGCGGCGGCGGUGAAGGAGGAACCUGAGGCCCCGUACAGCCUCUCUCUUCUACUCGGCGAGCGCAACCCCAGGUGCAGACCCAUGACAGCUUCUGCUCUCGGUGGGCCUCCGCCUACGCCCCAGCACCAGCAAAACGUCCACCCCCAAACCCCGAAUUCCAUUCAACAGCAAAGCACGCCUCAUCAGCAACAAAAUCAGCAGCAACAGCAGAAUCAACAACAGCAGCAACAACAACAACAACAACAACAACAACAGCAACAACAACAACAACAACAACAACAACAACAACAGCAACAACAACAGCAACAGCAACAGCAACAGCAACAGCAACAGCAACAGCAACAGCAACAGCAACAGCAACAGCAGCAGCAGCAGCAGCAGCAGCAGCAGCAGCAAUUACCAAUGACGGGAGGGCCAUUCGAGCGAGUGCCAGCCCACUCGCCCUCGGCCAUGGCCCCAUCGGAGGCCUCCAAGAGGCAUCCCUCUCCCAAUAAGCCUCCAGCUAAUGACCCUCUUUCUCAUCGAAUAAUCGAGAAACGUCGGCGAGAUCGAAUGAACAAUUGCCUGGCCGAUCUCAGUCGCCUCAUCCCGACUUACUACUUGAAGAAGGGGAGAGGAAGGAUCGAGAAAACCGAAAUCAUUGAAAUGGCCAUCAAGUACAUGAAACAUCUCCAGGCUCACGCGUGCAAUCAGAUGGAAAACUGUGAGGUAACAACUAAGCAAGAAUGGUCGGGCAAUCAGAUGGAGCAGUUCCACCUGGGCUACCAAGAGUGCAUGUCGGAGACCAUGCAGUUCCUGGUGGAGUCGGAGGGCUUCUUUUCGGGAGACUCCCUGUGCGUCAGGCUCAUGAACCAUCUGACCAAGCACUGCGAGAAGAUCCUCAACAGUGAGGGUUAUGUGAUGAGACAGAACGGAGCGAGUUCCUCGUCCUCGAGCGGCUACCAUGCUAACAGCUCGUCCACCGGAUCGUCCAGCGACGGCAACGGUAAUAGCUCGAGCCAUGCGUCCGAGAGUAAGGACACUCUUGUCACAGAAGAAUCAGCUUACCGUUCAGAGGAACGAACAGGAACAGAUGAACAGGAUGACAAGUCUGGGACAGCACUUGACGGCACAGCUGGUAUGGGAAGUCAACUCAGGGAAAUCCUUCAACAACAUUCGGGUCCUGGAGGAAGUGGUGACAGAAGAUGUGGGGGAUAUUCCUCAGGCUUAAGCUCUAAUAAUUCCUCAAGUGGAGAUGAUAGCAGUAGAUUAUACAAGUUCAAAUCCAACAUGAAGCACAGGUUCAGUGCUGAUCUUGAGCAGUCACAUCAAGUGCGGAAGAAGCGCCGUGAUUCAGAAUCCUCUUGUGGUAACUACACUGACUGUGAAAAGGACAGAGUGACUCCAACUGGCCCCAUGUCUCUCUCAAGGCCUGCAGCUCACCAGGAAACCUUUGCUCAUGAGUCCAAUAAAAUUAUAGAUGGUGGGAGAGACAGCCCUUUGUUGGACAAGAAUCAUGGCUCUCCUUCACCUGUGCCUAAAACAGAGAACCAGGGUGAGAGAAAUACACCGCUGCGGCAAGCUUCAGAGCCUGGCAUAGGAGGAACAGUUCCAAUAUUUGCACUUAACCAGAAUGGAAGCUUUUAUGUACCUCUAACAAUUGACCAGUCAUUAGUUGCACCUAUUAUGUCAGGACUGUCAGAUGUUUCUCCAGUCCUUCACCCAGUUUCUAUAUAUGUAAAUUUUUGUGGCCCAUGUCCAACUGUAACACCAAACAAUAAUGUCAAUCAACAAAACAGUAAUCAGGGAACCCCAAUAUUGUCCCACCACCCACCAGGAGGGAGACAUAACUUUCCAAACCAUAUCUUUUCCAAUGUGAGUAAUUUUGAGUCUGGUGGCUACAACGGAAGACAUCAACCUCGUGGAUCUGGAGAGCGAAAAAGACGCGAAGCUGCAAGGCCAGUCACCCAGUAUGAAGAACAUCGUCCAAUAAUUACAAAUAUUAAUGAAAAUCUUGAAAAAAGGGAGCCAGGGGAAGUAGAUAUGAGAGAAUUUCAUGAUGCUCGUGAAACAAGAGACCACCACCACCCUGAUCAUCCCCAGCGGGAUGUACCACGAGACUUGCCACCACGACAUGACCAGAUCCAUGAAGCAAGAGACACCAGAGAACAGGAGCAAGUUCAUGAAGUUCGUGAAGUUAGAAAUCUUAGAAAUAUUCGUGAUCUUCGAGAGGUCAGAGAAAUGAGGGAGAUGCGAGACCCAGCACAAACAGUGCGCGAGUUUAUUGAUGCAAGUAGUGCUUACCCAAAUAACACAGCAUAUUCCCGAACUCACCCACACUGGGCAGCAGCUUAUCAUAUUCAACCAAAAAAUUAGAAAAUUAUCAAUUUUAUGAAAAAUUGGAUGGAAAUACACGAAAAUGUAUAUAGCUGCAGAUUGCUGGUUUCUGUAUCAGAAAUAUUUUGUAUAAUGUGUGAGUUUCUCUCUCUCUCUCUCUCUCUCUCUCUCUCUCUCUCUCUCUCUCUCUCUCUCUCUCUCUCUCUCUCUCUCUCUCUCUCUCUCUCUCUCUCUCUCUCUCUCUCUCUCUGGAAAGAGAAACAAGUAUGUGAUUUCUUAGAAAAGAAAAAACAAUAAGUAAUUUCUUAAAGAAGAAAUAAAAGUGAUUUCUUAAACAAUCUAAUCUGUGUUAAGUGAAGCUUUCAUUUCAGUCAGGGAGCAACUGAAAUAAAAUGCACCCCUUGAAGCAAGCAAUGACACUUUACCUGGAAAAUAUGUGCAAAGACCUCAAUAAUAUGUACAUAUGGGCCCUGUACAGACUGGCCACUUUUUAAGUGCUUAUUGCUCAAUAAUCUUUAUUGUGGACAGGUGUUUGAAACCUCAGUGGAUUUCUUUACAACCAUAUUUAGACAGUACCUGAAAACCUAGACGCAGGUGUGGCAAAUGUUGGUGCAAGUUAUAUGUCUUUGUGAAAACUGUGUUGGAGGAACUGAAAAGCACUGUACUUGUUGUUUAGGUUAAAACAUAUUUUUUUCCACAAAGUUUGUUGCCACUUCUUUCCAGAACAGUUUGAUAACUAUUUUCAAGGCAUUUAUGAAGAAACUUUAUAUUGGAAUUGGAUUUUUUUUUUUUGUAUUCCAAAAAGAUAAAGUUUGUUAUACACAUAUUUCUGCAUUCUACACUGUAAUACCAUAAUAUUAUUAAAUAUGUGAGUUGGAGAAUCUGUGCUCAUUCAAAAGUUCUGUUGGUUUUUGCAUGAACUAUUUAUUUAUGCAGAUGGUCUAUCAAUAAAAUAAAUAUACAUAUAUAUAUAUAUAUAUAUAUAUAUAUGUAUAGAUAGAUAUGAGAGGUCUAUCAAUAAUAAAAGACAUUAUCUUAUAUGUAUAGAUAGAUGAGAAAUAUUUACCAACGUAAAUGUAUUUAUCGUGUAUUGAAGUGUUCAGUCUGAAAUAGGAAUGAGAAUGGUAAUGGAGAGGUUAUAGGGUUUACUUAAUUAAAGAUCAAAUAUUAACACAUUUAACUAAGGAUUGAAAUUACAUUUCAGUUUCAAUUUUUUUUUCAUACCUGUACUUUAAUUGUGUUACAGUAUUUGUGGAGAAUAUAUUGGUUUGCUUUUAGUGAAAAAAAAAUUACAUUAAUGUAUUGAAUGAAUUACUUUGAAAUUUGCAAAUGCACAUUCACUGCUGAUUCUGAUUCCUCCAUCACAGUCAAACAUGAGACUGGUUGUUUCCAUGAUAUGUAUGUCGUGUAAUGCGUCUAUUAGAUGCUUUAUUAGCAAAAGGCUUUUAAUGUGUGACAUAUGGUGUAUAUUUAAAGAUUUCUAUUACAUGAUCAUUGUUAUUACUGGUAUCCAGUUAUUUAACAAAUGUUAGCAGUCACCUAAUAAUUGGAAAACCUUCUUCUUAUUGUGCUGUGAGAGCUAUAAGCUUGUGAUUGAGGUAGGAAGGAAUACAAUAGUUGUUAUCUGAAUUUUUAUCAGUGAAAAAAUCAACAGUACAUUAAAACUCAGAUGUUACCACAAUUAAUGUAUCCCAGUCAGGAAGAAAACAUCAUAUUCAUGUCAAGCAAUGAGUUUUAUUUGAUGUUCAAUACAAUUUGGCAUUUUAAAUUUCCAGUGUUUAACACCUGAUAAGUGAGUUCUUUGAUGCAAAUCAGUGACUACAUCAGUUGUACACUUUGGAGUGGGCUUUUGCUUCCAAAAGUUAUCCUAAUGUUAUGCUUGUUCUGAGAUUAUCAAAAAUUAUUCUAGAAAACUGGCUUAUAUUUUUACUUACAUGCAGCUUGUUUUCUGUCAAAAUAUUAACGCAUAUGUCAGAACUACCUCAUAAUUGUCAAGACAAACAUAGAUAAGCAUGUUGAUAAUGGGAGAUGAACUUUGGUUGAAGCAACUGUCCAUAUCAUACAACUGCAGAGCCUCAACUGCAAAUACAAUGGGCAUUUUAUUUAUUUUAGGGAAAAUGCUUUCAGGGCUUUUGUCUACUGUUUUCAAACAUUUACAAUGAAGUUUUCUUUUUACUUUUCUUUUCUUUCUUUCUAUUUUGAUAUCCUUGUUUUAAUGAGGUUGCUGAUUUGCAUGAAAACUUUGGUAACGAGUUAUUUUUAUAUAUUCUUUUCUUACUUGCUUCUGUUAAAAGUCCCACAGAUGUACAUUAUACUGUAUUUUUUUUAAAAGUCUGGAUAUUUUAAAUGAAUGGUCCUGUAAAAGAAUUGCUGUAAAUUUUGUUAACCUUUAAAAUUCACGCACAUGUGCGCGCGCGUACACACACAUUCACACACACACACACACACACACACACACACACACACACACACACACACACACACACACACACACACACACACACACACACACACACACA